AUGCGUCCCUCUUUGCAGUCUAGCCUACUAUUGGCCUCUCUCGUUUCACCUACUAUCUCUGCUGAGCGUGUGCUAGGAGCCUAUAUCUUUGCGCGUCAUGGUGACCGGACUGCUAAAGUACUCGGAAACACCCAAUUGACUGAUUUGGGUUACCAUGAGGUCUUUGCGGCCGGUUCUUACUACAACAAGCUCUAUGUCGACUCGGAUUCAGCCAAGCAGAUUGAAGGAAUCAGCGACCCCAUUGUGAAUGCAAACCAGGUCAACGCUAGUGCUCCUUCAGAUGCUGUGAUACAAAACUCGGCCACAGGUUUCCUCCAGGGUGUCUAUCCUCCUGCCCAAAAUCUGGCCAACACCACCCUAGGAAACGGCACCGUGGUUGAUUCUCCCCUGAAUGGAUACCAGUUGAUCCAGCUGCAAGUUACCUCUUCGGGUGGUAGCAAUGAAGAUGCUAGUUGGCUCCAGGGCUCCAGUGACUGCUCCAAGGCAACCGUGAGCAGCAAUAACUACUAUGCCUCCGACACAUAUAACGACAUGCUCAAGAGCACGGCGAGCUUUUAUCAGUCACUCUCGCCAAUUCUGAACAGCACUUUUUCAGAGGCCGAUAUAAGUUUCGAGAAUGCCUACACCAUCUUCGAUUAUCUCAACGUCGGAUAUAUCCACAACUCAUCCGCUGAAUUCCCUGGAAAGGCCAAGUACAUGACCGCCGAGAACAGACUGCAGCUCAGCUCGCUGGCCGGUAACCACGAGUGGAACCUGGCAUACAACUCAACAGACGCAGUGCGCGCCAUCAAUGGUGCAGUUGUGCUGGGUGAGAUUAUUUCCAACUUUGAGCAGAUCAUCAACACCAAUGGCUCAAAGUCUAUCCUGAAUGCCCAGUUUGGCUCGUAUGGAACAAUGAUGUCCUUCUUUGGCUUGAUGCAGAUGCAAAAUGCCUCGGUCAAUUUCACAGGUAUCCCCGACUAUGCCUCGUCUAUGUCCUUUGAGCUCGUGACGAACGCCACGGGAAGUGGUUUCCCCUCGACCGACGAGAUCAGUGUGCGCUUCAUGUUCCACAAUGGCACCAUGACUGGCUCUGAUGCACCCACCGUGUAUCCCAUGUUCGGUCAAUCCAAUGAUCUUCUCUCUUACUCGAAGUUUACAUCAUAUAUGGAGGCAGUUGCUGUCACCUCCACUAGCCAAUGGUGUGAUAUGUGUGGCAAUACCGAUGGUACCUGCGCAUCCUUGACUUCCAGCUCGAGCUCAUCCUCUAGCUCCGCGGGCACUGGUGGCUCCGGCGGAAUUUCACGCGCUGUGGCUGGUGUCAUUGGAGCCAUGGUGACCCUCGCUGUCAUUCUUGGACUGGAAGCUCUCUUCUUCCUGGUGGGUGGAUUCCGCAUUGCUAAGCGGAACAAGGCUGUGCCUGAGAUGGCGACUUCAUCUGAUCUGGCCUCGGAUAAGGAGUCCUAA